AUGGGAGCACAGAACGUAAGACGGAGUCUUUCGGCUCUGCACGCAGAGUUAGAGGCCCUCAUAUGGGCGAUGCACUGCAUGAUCCUCAACCAGAAAAAGGAAGUAGCUUUUGCAACAGACUGCUCAGAAAUUUUGAAGAUGGUGGCUACACCCGAUGAAUGGCCAGCUUUCGCCCAACAUUUGGAGGAGAUUGGACGAAUGAAGGAUAGCUUCACUUUCUUCCUCCUAACACAUAUCUCGCGCACAAAGAAUUCGAGGGCGGACAAUCUGGCACGGAGUGCCCGGACCUACCCCCAAGAAGUCAUUUAUGUAAACUCUAUUCCUCCGAGUUGGUUAGCUGACCCGUUAUAG